AGUUGAAUUUAUUCAACUUCUUUACAUCCCCAAUGUUGAUCGUUUCAGGAAAUUAUUAAAAUUUCUAUCAUUUAAAUCAAUAAUAAAGAAAGUUCUCAAGAGUAGAACUUUUUCAGUAAUUAAAGACAAUUUUAUAUCUGCUGACUUAUAAAGUAUGAGCCUCUCUCGUAAAGAAAUAGACGAAAUAAAGACGGAUUUGGAAAAAAUCUGUUAUAAGGUGGUAGGAUCUGUUGACGACAGAAUAAUAGCAAUUUUUGAAAGAGGACUUUACAAUGGAUAUGACAAAGAGAAGUUCACUACAAAACUUUCAUCAAUUGUUGAAGCCAAAAAAGCGCAAAAACUUUCAGAGAAAGUGCAUGGAAUCUUAGGCUUUUAUCAAGAGUCACCAAAAUCUAAAAAACGCCAUCAUGAUCAAGAUAAAGAGGAUGAUGAGCCAGUGAAAAAGAAAUUAUUAAAACAGGAUGAAAAUUCCGAAACACCGGCAAGUAAUAACGCCGCAUUAUCUUCGAAUCAAAUUAAAUUAAUGAUGGAGAAUGCACAACGUGAAAUUGAAGAACGAAAGAAGAAAUUAGAGGAUAUGAAAGUUGGAAAGACAGCGGAAGUUGACGAAAGACAAAAGAAAAUUGCGGAUCUGCAAAGACAGAUACAAGCUAAACUUUCGGGGUCGCUUGGAACUAUGAUAAAUCCUAUAAAUCCUUCGUUUGCAGCAACUGUUCCAAAACCAACAGACAAACCGAGGCCUUUGAUUUUAGAUGAUGAGGGACGAACAGUUGAUACCAGUGGUAGAGAAAUUAAUAUUCAAACUUUAACGCCAACACUUAAAGCCAACAUUCGCGCGAAAAAGAAGGAAACUUUUAAACAUCAACAGACUGAAAAAGCAAUUGAAGAAGCGAAAACAACUGAGCCAGCUUUCUAUGACGAACGGAUUAUGGUUAAGCCAGCAAUCCGAGGAAAGCGAGCUCUUCGAUUUCAUGAACCUGGAAAAUUCCUUCAAAUUGCUGAACGACUUCGAAUGAAAUCUCAACUUGAAAAACUUCAAAAUGAAAUUUCUCAAAUUGCCAGAAAAACUGGUAUCAGUUCAGCUACGAAACUUGCUUUGAUUGCUCCCAAAACCGAUGUUCAUAGUGAGGGAUUUCCACAAUAUGGUUACGAAUGGUGGGACUCAGUAAUUCUGACUGAUGAUCUGAAUAAAAUUGUCGAAGGCAAAAUUUCAAUUCGUGAUCAAGCUAUCACUAAUUUAAUAGAACAUCCAACACAAAUGCGACCUCCUAAUGAUCCAUUGAGGCCAGCUUAUCUUCCCGUAUUUCUUACAAAAAAAGAACGUAAAAAACUAAGACGUCAAAAUCGUCGUGAAGCAUGGAAAGAAGAGCAAGAAAAGAUUCGCUUAGGUUUGAUUGAUCCUCCAGAACCAAAACUUAAAAUUUCAAAUUUAAUGCGCGUGCUUGGCAAUGAAGCAAUUCAAGAUCCAACGAAAAUUGAAGCUCAUGUUCGCGAGCAGAUGGCACGACGACAGAAAGAACAUGAAGAUGCGAAUCAAUCGAGAAAAUUGACAGACGAGCAGAAGCGUGAAAAGAAAAUAAAAAAACUUAAGGAAGAUACUUCCAUGGGAGUCAAUGUCUCAGUUUAUCGUAUCAGAGAUUUACAUAAUGUUCAAUCUAAAAAAUUCAAGGUUGAAACAAAUGCUAAGCAACUCUUUAUGACCGGUGUUGUGAUUCUUUUCCGUGAUUGUUGUGUCGUAGUUGUAGAAGGAGGUCCUAAGCAACAAAAACGUUAUCGACGAUUAAUGAUGCAUAGAAUCAAAUGGGAAGAAGAUAUGAUUAAAUGCAGUGAAGUAACUGCUGAUGGUGAAAAAGAAGUUCCCAAUUCUUGCACUAUUGUAUGGGAAGGAAAAGUUCCAAGACGUUGUUUUGGUGAAAUUAAGUUCAAGCAUUUUACAAUGGAAAAGCUUGUUAGAGAGUUUUUCCUAAAACACCAUUGUGAACAUUAUUGGGAUUUAGCUUAUUCAGGAGCAGUUUUGGAAGCAUCUGAUAUGUAAAACUCGAAGUUCGAUUACUAAGUGAUAAUAAAAUUUGUGUAUUUAUGUGAAAAAUGUUAAAACUUCUGGAGAAUAACUAAAAAUAAACAUAAAAGGAAAAAAAACAUUUGAUGAUAGGGCAAAAAAAAGAAAUGAAAGAAUAUCGUGCAUAAUAACAUGGUGAGACAACUCGAUUGAUAAAUCACUUCAAACAGAUUUAGUGCUUAAAGCGAAUUGCUAGUCAUCUCAAAUUACUUACUUGAUUGUCCUGAAAAAAAAAUAUUUAGAAUGGUUUUAGUAUUAAACGGCGUAUUACAAGAAGAUGUUUGUCCUUUGGACACACAUUCACUCUUCAUGCAACAUCCAGUGUACCGUGACACGGCCAAUCAACUUCUUUCAAUUCCAGUUAAAACGAUUGGACCAGUUGGACUUUUAUAUGUUAAUCAACGAGAAAUGGCAGCAAUUGCACCACAUGACAAGAAUGUUCAUAUUGUUGGAUCUGAUGAUGCUACAACUUGUAUAAUUGUUGUCGUAAGACAUUCGGGAUCUGGAGCUGUUGCUUUAGCACAUUUAGACGGUAAUGGAACUGACGAAGCCGUCACAACAAUGGUUUCCAGAGUAAAUGAACUCGCAUUGGGAUAUCCCGAAGGAAGAAUUGAACUUCAAUUGAUUGGAGGCUUUAGAGAUCAACAAGGAUAUGCAGAAGAUCUAUUUAGUAACAUUAUGCAAUCUUUCCACAAACACCCGAUGGAAAUUGAUUUAACGCAAGCUUGUGUAGGCGAACUUAAUACCACCAUAAGGGGAGAAAUUAAUUGGCCAAUUAUUUAUGGAGUCGGAGUAAACACGAGAACUGGCGAGAUAUUUCCAGCAACAUUUCCUGACAAAGGUCCCGACAUUCAGCUUCGUAAUGCAAGGCAUUUCACUGGGGGACACAAUGUACUUGAUAUUUAUGACUCACAACUUGGCAUGCUCCGAAUUGGGCCGUUUAAUUAUGAUCCCGUGAGGGGAGUCGAUUUAUGGCUGUCACAAACCGAUGAGUUCAUUUUGCAGCAUCUUUCAACAAGCCCUGAAGUUGAGCCUCCCCACUUUGUCAUGCAAGUUCGAGCGACUUUAAAGUAUAUUCAAGAUAAUCAAUUUCCAGCAAUCACAGUGUUUAGAGAGAAUCGACCACUGUACUAUCGACGGGAUGACAAUUCUGGAUUUUGGCAGCCUGUUCGUUAUUAAGUUUGCUAAUAAUUUUAUUGCCUAAAACUUUUGUUAAAUUGAUUAGAUAGAUAGAUUUCCUGAAAUCACAUUCAUUAAGUAUGUUAGGCCAUAUUUUACUUUCUUACAUUGUAAAUACAUGUUUUUGGUGUUAAUAAAGUAUUUAAAUAGUGUAUAACACAUUU